AUGAUGAGUGUCAGAUCUCAAAUGCUACAAAACUUGGCUGCUCGCCAGAUAUAUAGCGUUCGUGCAUCUUCGAACAAGAUUGCUAUGGCCAACGAUGUUCAUCUUUCGACUAAAAGAAUUAGAACUAAGAUUAAGAUGGGUAAAGCCAGACCAGCCAUCUUUCACCAAUUUGAUACCCUUGUUGAACUAAGCGACGGCUCAGUCAUUCGCAGAAGAUCUCAAGCACCUAGGGAUGAAAUGAGAAUGAUGAUGGAUCAACGUAAUAAUCCAUUGUGGAACCCACACAGUGAUGUUGAGGCUGCAGACGUAGAUGCAACCGGAAAGGUCAGUAAAUUCAAAGAGAAAUUUGCUCAAUUUGAGGAAGAGGGUGAUAAGACUGAUAAAUCAGUCGACAGCCUUGUGGAAAUGAUGGGUCACAAUGUCACCGAGGUGCAGAAGGGUGGAAGAGUGUUCACCAAGAAGAAGAAGUGA